AAGCACAGAAUUAGAAAGCACAUAUGUUUAUAGCAAUUUUAUCAUAGAUUAUUUUCCCCGAUUUUGAAAUUUUAAUUCCAAUCAAAUAAUCAGUAGACCCUAUAUAUACUUGCCAACUUGCAUAACAAAUUUAUCUGGUAGGCUGCCUUAGUUUAUUCAAUACAAAUCAGACUUGAUGGUAAAAGUUGAUCAUGUUUGUUCUAGACAAAAUUCUAUAUGUUUUUUCCAGCACUAAACCAUCAACAACAAUAAGACUUGGGACUAUGACGAUUAGUCUACCACUUUGCUGUUAUAUAAAUUUAGUUGUAGGGUCUAUACUUAUGUUUUCUGUAUCAUCUGUAGACAUAGUAUAUUACUAACAUUGUUUGACAUGUGAUGAAUUAUUUGUUUUUUUCUAUCCAGUGCGAUUCUCGCACUGGCGUUCACUCAGGUUUUCGCGAUUAGUCUCUUUUUAGUCGCUCGGCAUCUAUCAGACAUGUGGCCUUGUUUAAAGGCUAAUCAUGUAUAGACUUGGAAAUAUCUAUGGCAGCGGAAAAUCAGACUAACUUGAGAUUUUAGAACUCGUUCGUUUCGAUAAUAUGGCCCGGCCCCUGCACUUCCCAAGCAGUUCUUUGUGAUGCUGCAAAUCAUUAUCAAUAUCAAGGCCAUAUUUUCAUUACUCACUUGGCAUUGCAUGCUGCGGGAUCAACGGGAGGCUUUCUGCAGACGAUCAUGUUUCUCUGGUCCAGUGGAAGUGAUGUAUCGGAAACGGGUCUGAUCUAGCCUCUAAGUGUGACUGCUUCUUCAAGUGACAAGGCAACCCAUCUACAAACAAUGCAGCAGAACACCAGUGUCACUUCAAAGUCAAAUACAGGUGUCAACGAAGGUACGAUGACGGACCUGACUUGGAUUGAAUUACCGAGAAAGCUAGUACAAUCCAAGGAUGCCUCCACUCAGUGGGAGAAGCAGCCACCUACUCACUCCACUCAGACUGCUUCUACCUCUUCUACACAAGAUCUUGAUAAACCAUCAUGUGGUGAUGACGGUGAAUUGGAACAGGAUGGUCUUGGUUGGUGCUUAGAGGACACCCCUGCAGUGCAAGAGGAUGAGUUCAUGGAUUCCAGUGAACCUUCUGAUGUACAUAUUGGUGGGUCAAACAUUGUAGCAUGGUCUAAAGGCGAUGUGGAGGAAACCACUGUGGCUGAAUCUCAGGAAAGAGAACGAAGCAACACACCCAUCCUGAGAAGAAUCAAGGAAGAGAUGAUUGACGAGUUUGAAGAAGGAGAUUACCAGACCCUAUAUGUGAAGGAAGAAUACUUGGAAGAUGAUUGUCAAGAUGAUGAUUAUGCACAUGUGCAUUUGACAUCAGGUGGACAUCCAAGAUUGGAGGCUGAAAGUCCAAGAUCAACCCAGCAAACCAACAGCGACAGAGCUCCAAGGCAAAAUGGUGGACCAUGGAUCGGUUCAAAAAAAAUGUAUGGACUGAAAUUCCAUGUGACUCAGGGGAACACCAAGGUAGAAUGUGCCAUCAAUUCACCCUCCGAAACUGUCAAAGGUGAGAACUUAAAAGAGGCAAUUUGUCACAAGCUUCAAGUUUCAUUGGAUGCACAUUCGUUGCAAUACUUUGAUAAAUCCUGGCAAGACUGGGUCGACAUUGCACCUUUAAUGGCUCUGAUAGGGGGGCUGCAACUCCGAGUUAUUCAAACGAGUCUUGGGGAUGAGUUAAGCCAUCAGAUUCCAACCACUAACAGUCAGAACAAUCACAGGCUCAAAUACCUUGUGGCGCUCGGAAACAAUAAGCAGGUACUCACUGUUGAUUCACCCGAGAGUACCGCAUCUGGGGCAGCAGUCAAAGAGGCAGUGCGUAGCAUGCUUCAUGAUUUAGCGGAUGGACUACUGUUGCAGUAUUUUGAUAAAGAUUGGCAAGAUUGGAUCGAUGUCGAACUGUCUAUGAUGUUGGAAGGAAGGAUGCGACUCAACUUCAUUCAAACAAAUCUUAGGGCAGAGUUGAGCCAUCAGACUUCAACCAGUAACAGUCAGAACAAACACAGGCUCAAAUACCUUGUGGCGCUGGGAAACAAUAAGCAGGUGCUCACCAUCGAUUCACCCAAGAGUACCGCAUCUGGUGCAGCAGUCAAAGAGGCAGUGUGUGGCAUGCUUCGUGACUUAGCGGAUGGACUAAUGUUGCAGUAUUUUGAUGAAGGUUGGCAAGAUUGGAUCGAUGUUGAACCGUCUAUGAUGUUGGGAGGAAGGAUGCGACUCAACGUCCUUCAAGCAAGUCAUAAGUCACUAUCUGACCUUAGAUGCUGAUAUUUCCCCAAGAGGUAUUGUGUAUGCUUGAGGGUUAAGCAGAUGGAAGUCAGUUGCAAUACUUUGAUGCAGUAUGUUUCACAAAGUCACAAAAUGCACAGAAUAGAAACUAUGUGGCAUUGGGAAACUCUUAAAAAUCUAAACAUUGAUUUACCAAAAAACACCACUUCUGGUGCUACAGUCAAGGAGACAGUGAGUAGCAUGCCUCAUGAUUCAGCGGAUGGACUUCUGUUGUAAUAUUUCAAUGAAGACUCUAUUGUUGUAAAUGUGUAUGUACAUGUAAAUUGUUGUAAGUGAUUGUAAUUGAUUUGUAAUGUUUUGCUGGAAAUAGAAAUAAAAUUGAAUUGAAUUGAAUUGAAGAUUGGAUGUUGAACCAUCUUUGAUAUGAUGUGAGGAUGAUACUUGAUGUUACUCAAAGAAUUCUUCGGUCACUAUCCUCAACAUUCUGGAUAAUGCGCACUGUUGGAAAAUUUGAAAGGACUGUGAGGGAGAGGGAGGGUGUAGAUGGAGUAUGCUUAAUCCUUAAUGGUAUUCAGAAUCUCACUUCUUUACCAACAAUAGUUUUUAAAAAAAAACAGGUUGUACGUAAUUUAUUUAUGUUUAAUGCCUGUGGUACUUACUGUCUAAGUAUGAGAUGAAAGUCUAGUGCAAAAUCUAGAAAGUUAAGGAUUGGAUAGACGUUGAUGAAUUCACAUACACAGAUUUUUCUUACGAGUCCUUACGGAUCGCACAAAUUCACGGAUCUUUCACGGGUCCUUACGAGUUGGCCAUUUUACAAUGGAUUUAAGAGUUGUUACGAGCCAUUUACGGUUCAUUACGGAUUAUUAUGAGUUAUAACGAUGUUUGUACGGCAAAAUUCUACGAUUUGUUUAGAGUUGUCAUGGAUAACUACGAGCAAUUAACGUGUUAGUUACCAUCUGUUUACGUGUUGUUACGUGUUGUUACGAGUAUUUACGACUCCUUACGAUUUUUAGCCAAGAACUGAAAAUGAAGUGUUAGAAUUUGCAGCUUUUAUACCUUUCCCGAAAUCGUAAACAACUCGUAAGAAUACAUAAAAUAUACGUAUCUAUUCGUAAAGUACUUGUAACUACACUUAAAAUGCUCGUAAUAACCUAUACCAAUCCGUAAAUGUAUUGUAACACGACCUUUAUAAAAUCUUAAACAACACGUAAGCUCUCGUAAACUAACCGUAACAAAUCCUUAGUUUUUGCUACAAGUCAUAUAUGAAUUCUUGCAAGCAGUUUACGGAUAGUUUCGCGUUGUUGCAAGCGGUUUAUGAUACUUACAGAUUGUUACGAGCUAUUUACGGAAAAAUCAAUCCGUUGGCAAUCAUAAGAUUUUUGACAUGUCAACAAAUUUGCCCCUCCUUUCACGGAUCCUAAAGAAUGUCUGUGAGUUGUGACAAGUUAUUUACGGGGGAUAACAAAGUGUAGUAAAGCGUAUUAAGCGCUUUUGGAAUGCAAAAUCAUAACGGGUGGUGAUAUUGAUGAAUUAAAAAUUGUACUUUCAGUUUAAUAUCUGAAUGAUAGUUUCAUUAAUAGAAAAGCCUUAUCAAGGUAUUGGAGGUACUAGUAAACAGCCAUAUCUUGAUGAUAUGGUUCUACAAUAUAUUUGUCAUUGUCAGCAAGUAUGCAUUUUGUGUUUUAGAUGUGACGCUGCACACUUCUAUUUUUCGCUAUGCUAAAAUUGCUUUGUUUAUCUGUUCUUACUUUUUUUCCAUUGUACCUUGACCAUAUUAUUAUGUGCAUAUUAUCUAGGUUUAGAAAAUGUACAUAUUUUUUACAUAUUAAUUUACAUAUUAAUAUCAAAAAAGACUUUUGAUGACCUUUUUUAAGUCAGCAUGUCACACAUAACACAGUAUUGGUUAGAGGGGUGUGGCAUGGGCAUGGCAGGAGUACAUAUCAGUGACGGAAUUGAGUUAGAAUGGGAAACAGAAUCUGGGAGCCUGACAGAAAUCUGGGAGGAUAAAACCUGAUAUAAAUAUAAUAAUGAUGACAGAUAUUCUGUAAAGUUUCCCGGAAUUCCAAAUGUUUACACCUCGUAUAAUCAAUUACAUGAGCCACUGGUUUGCCAUUCCACACCAGUGCCAUGCCUUCUUCACUCAAAGCAGCAAUUUAUGAAACCUGCCUACUAAAAUCUAUCAAUAUGUUGCCAAAUAUUUAUCAUUAUUUUUUUCUCGUAUUCAUGAUAAUGUUAUUUUCUGAAACUAGAGUUUGUACGCUUUACAAUGAGUAUUUACAUGUACAUUGAAGUUAUUAUUACAGCCAUAUUUUCAUGUUAGCUAGUAUUAAAUAAGGUGCUUUAUGAACUAUGUUUUUUAUUUCAAUGUUGGUAUAAUUAUGUUGAGGCAUCUUGUUGGAUGUUGAAAAUAUAUGUUAAAUUUGUUUAACCAUU